UGCGAACGCUACUUUCUCAUGGAUUAUUAUACUCAAGCAGCAGGACCGUCUCCAGUAUCGUACGAGCCUUUCAGCUUAGGCGGACACGCUCCCGAACUCGACGUGAAAUGGACCAGCAUCGUAGCAGACCCGUCUAACGCAAAACGAGUGAUCGACAUCUAUGAUGUUGAGCCAGUAGAAGGCUCCGUCAAUCGGCGUGGGGACUCGUACCUCGACCUUCCCGCUGCGCUCAUCGCUAUAGACAAGGUGGCAGAAUCGGGUGGUCGCAUAUGGGAAAACCUCGUACGCGCCGGGAUUCUCGACAAAAUCUGCGAGUGUGUCGAAGGAAAGCGCAAGGCUUACGACUGUCCGCCACACCUCAUUACGAAACCUGGUUUCUCGGACCUCAGAGACAGAUUACAUGCAAGCUACUAUAUUGCUAUGCGAACACUGGUGCUCGCAGCGACGAGGCUCACUCGACCUCCCAAGCCCGAUGGAGUUUUGUUGCUGAAGGCUUUGCGACAGCACUGGCACGCAAUGAUGAAACGUUUAUGGAACGAGCCAGAAACCACUCUGGAACGUACACGCCUGCAUGUUGACAUGCGAACCUUAGUAGGCUUUCUAUUAGGUCACGUCAACAAGACGGAUCCGACUUUUAGAAAGGUCAUUACCAACAACAAAGAUGACUUGACUAUCGCCGUCGCGGUCCGCUACUGGAUGAGUUCCACGACCGCGUUGGAUCAAAUGAUUCUGUUCAAAACACUCACAGAGAUAGCCAAAAGCGACAUCGUCAGAGACGGGAUACGCAUGUACGAAGAGCCCGUCUUACCUUCUAUCUUGCCAUCUAUCGCCAAAGGCGCCUCCAGAAACGAUGGCCACAGCUUUGAUCAUUUUGUGGAAAAGCUUGCCUCGAGUCUGGUCGUCUUGAAAGAUGAAGAUGCUUUUCAUGCCAUCAGCAUAAUAUUUCACAUACAUGGCACGUCUCCUAGAGUUAGCGAGUACCCCGACUUCAUACGCGCGUUGAUACAUUCAGAAUCGUUGUGGCUAGCUCUCUUUGGUUUGCUUAAGAAAAUUCCUUCAGACUCGUCUGCGGGACUUCCAGGGUCCAAAAUUUUCGAUCAAAAUCGUAUCACGUUCAGCAAUAUUCUGGACCUCGCCACCCUCACCCUGGCUCUCGUGGUAGACUACUCACCCCAUAGUCUUGAACCACUCUUGCGGCAAUGGGCUUCGCUGUCAGAACUGUGGGACGCUCUCGACAGGUUACUACCAGUCUACGUCUCAACUCCUUCUAUUGCAGCGACAAUCAUGUUUUUGUUUGAACAGCUCCGCGGCCUGAGCGAGCGCAUCCCUUCUAUAUACCCAGCCCUUCGCUCUCAGCUUCCACGUCCUCGCUCUCUUCGAGCACUCUUUGAUGCCUCGUUUUCGGGGUCGGAACAUCCGACCCCUCCGAGGAUCAUCACUGUCUCGAUGGUCACUAUCGGCCCGACGCUUCCCAGGGAUAUCAACUCCAUCGGAUUCUGUGGUCUCAAAGGCUGGGUCUCCCUCGAGCGGCUCCAGCAUGCCUGCGGUGUUCAUCGUCAAUGCAUGAGAAGAGGGUGUACGAACCGAUGGACGGCUCGAUGCAAGGCUUGUCGGAACACACAAUAUUGUGGCGCGGAAUGUCAGAAACGUGACUGGAAAGAGCAUCGGUUAAUUUGCGGACUCUUCAUGGAUUAUGAGGACAGCUCUUUGGAUGAUGGCGAUCUUGCAGUUCUUACUGUCCCGUUGCGAUACCAGAACAACGCUUAG